AUGGAGUUGCAACUAGGGAAGCCUGGCUACACUCUAAAUGAUGUUGAGUACCUCAAGAGUUGGGUGAAAAGACAUUUGUAUCUUAUGUAUGAAAUUUACAAGGGAACGAAAAAGUCAUAUGUGGAUGUGCAUGAGGAUGUGGAUGAUGGUGUUGAUCUUAGUGAUGAUGAUGGUGAUGAUGAUGAUGAUGUAGAAGUUCGGAUAGAGCGAAGACUUAAUAAGCAAAGAAAUGAAGCAAAAGAGAUAGCUAAUGAAAUUGACAAGGACUUUAAUGAUGCAUUUGAAAGUACAAAGAAUGAUGAUUUCGACUUAUUGGGGUGGUGGAAAAGUAAAAUAUCAAACUACUCUAUUCUUUUCAAAGUUGCUAAGGAUGUACUUGCUUUUCCUACUUCGACCGUUGCUAGUGAAAAUGCCUUUAGCUUUGGAGGAAGGAUUGUGGAUCCGUUUAGAGCUUCUUUGACAUCUAGGAUGGUCGAGGCCUUAGUUUGCACAAAUGAUUGGCUUAAAGGAGAUGAAUUUCAAUUUCACAAGGAGCCUACGGAAGAAGAGCUUGAGUUCUAUAUGGAACUCGAACAAUUGGAACAAAGUAAGUAA